UAAGUCUGGUCCCGCCCACCACCAGCUGUGCCGGGUCUGGGCCCUGUUUGCUCCCAGUAAGAGCGAUACUGGGAGAGAGAGCUCCCAGUUGCUUCCAGGUGCUCUCAGGAUCUCUCCCAAUAUCGGUCCCAGCGCCGCAAGGGGCGUAGCCGCUUUGGAACCCCUCCCAGGGAAGAGCGCGGCUGCUUUUUGGGUAUCGGCACCUGCCCGGACCGGGCUGGAAGCGGAGGAGGAGGGGAGGAAGAGGAGGAGCGGGAGGAAGAGCAGCAGCAGCAGCAGAACCGGACGGCUCCCCCGCCCGCCCGCUUAGGCCGCAGCUCCCCGGCUCCGAUGGCAUCACCCCUCCCCCCGGAAGCCGCAGAACUGGAUUACCCAUUCCCAAACCUUGCCCCGAUGGAGGACGAGGCCGUGAGGAAGAGGAAGAUUGCCUCGGAGCCCCAGGCAGACACGGAGCUGAGGAUGGAGACCAGGGAGGACAAAUCCCUGUGGCAGAACCUCAUGGAAGAAGCUUUUUGGAGCGGCUCCACGGCACAGGAAUCCAACGGGGAGGAAAAGCUCCAGAGAUCCCUCACGACAAUGGGCUGCAAACACAGAUCUUGGGUAUAUGACGAGGAAACACCCACCAAAGGCCAAAGAAGUGGACAGAGCUGCAGUCAGAGCUCAGAGCUGGUGGUCCAUGAGCAGCUUCAUGAUGGGGAGAAGCCCCACAAGUGCUCAGAAUGUGGGAAGAGCUUCAGCAAGAGAUCCUCCCUGAUCUGCCACUGGAGAAUCCAUGUGGGGGAACAACCCUACGAGUGUGGGGAGUGUGGGAAGAGCUUCAGUACAAGAUUCAAACUGAUCCGCCACCAGAUGAUCCACACUGGGGAGAGGCCCUAUGAGUGUGACAAAUGCAGGAAGAGAUUUCAGACCAGCUCCAAUCUACUCGUGCAUCAGCGGAUUCACACAGAGGAGAGGCCCUUCCGCUGCCCCAACUGCGGGAAGGGCUUCAAAUACAACUGCCGCCUUGUCUCCCACCUGCGUAUCCACACUGGGGAGAGGCCCUAUGAGUGUUCCAAGUGUGGGAAGUGCUUCAGGACGAGCUCUGAACUGAUUGUUCACCAAAGGAUCCACAUGGGCAAACAGCCCUAUGAGUGUGAUAAAUGCAGCAAAAGGUUUCCAACCAGCUCCAGUCUCCUCCAGCACCAGCGCAUUCACAUAGAGGAGAGGCCCUUCUACUGUCCCGAAUGUGGAAAGGGCUUCAGGUACAACUCCAACCUUGUCACCCACCGGCGAAUCCACACCGGGGAGAGGCCCUACGAGUGUUCUGAGUGUGGGAAGAGCUUCUCACAGAGCUCACACUUGACCAAACACCAACGGAGGUUCCAUGUAGGGAAGCCCCGUGAGUGCCUUGAGUGAGGGAAGAGCUUCGUGGGCUGCUUCAGCUCCAUUCUCCAUGGCAGGAUCUACCCUGGAUGAUCCCCAGUGUCCCCCGGUGGGCAGAGCUCUGGUGAUCUAUGUUGGGAAGACACCUGGCUGGGGUCUCCACAUCCUCCUGGCUUCUGUUGGGCACCUGGACACAUCUACAGACCAACGUCAGAAAUCCAUUGUGGAGAGCACAUUUGUCAACUUCUGACCCCAGAAAAAUCUCACUUUUUUGCAUCUUCUGGUGGCAUGAAGCAACACUGGAUGGCCUUGGUGGUCUCCAACAUAAAUCCAUCGUUUUAAUUCUCUCUGGCCCAUGGGCAUCUUCCACAACCAAAUGGGAAUGACUGGGGCAAACACCAUGAUUUUGGAGAUGGUGGGGUGGAAACCCCUCUAAAGAGUUGUUCCCACCCAGCCAAGGAUGUGGAUGCUCUGCCAGCAGGGACAUGUAAAUCCUUUUGUUUUAGCCUUGAAACUAAAAGGUUUCUGUUCAUCCCUUUGAAAGCCCUGAAACUGGGGUAAAAAUAAAGACGUUGAACUAAG